AUGUCCCUUAACGGGCCCCCAAAAGCAGCCUAUGUGCCUCCUCAUUUGAGGAAUGCGCAACGCCAGCAGCAGCAACAGCAGCAGCAAGCCCCGCCAGUCAGCAAUGGUAACACUAAUUGGAGUGAUUCUCGUCCCGCUCCGUCUGGACGGACUGGCUCCAGUUUUGGUCCCAAUAGUCCCUUUAACAAUAAUCGCAGUAAUAAUUCGUAUGGCCGAGGCGGUGGCUUCGGAGGCUCUGAUCACGGUUCCUCGCGCGGUUCAGACUGGUCCUCGCGCGGCUCAGGCGGUAACAGUGGCUGGGAGAGCAGGCCAGCUCGCUCAGACCGUCCGGGCGAAGGCUAUGGGGUCGGCGCUUGGCGCGACGGUAAACACGUCGUUGGUCAACGCAACCAGCGUCUCGAAAAGGAGCUCUAUGGCGAGCCCGAUGACCCGCUCAAGCAGCACACCGGCAUCAACUUUGAAAAAUACGAGGACAUUCCAGUUGAGGCCACUGGUGCUGGCGUGCCUGAACCUGUUCUUGCAUUCACCAAUCCGCCUCUGGAUCCCGUUCUAUUAGAGAAUAUCAAUUACGCUCGCUACACUACCCCGACACCCGUCCAAAAGUAUUCUAUUCCCAUUAUCGCCGCUGGUCGCGACUUGCUCGCAUGUGCGCAGACUGGUUCGGGAAAAACGGGUGGCUUCCUGUUCCCAAUCCUGUCCUCUCUAUUCGCUGGAGGACCCCGUCCUGUGCCAGACGAUGCUCAUAGCUAUCACCGCAAGGCGUAUCCGACCACGCUCAUCCUUGCUCCUACGCGCGAGCUUGUCAGCCAAAUUCACGACGAGGCUCGCAAAUUCGCCUAUCGUUCGUGGGUUCGUCCGGCAGUCGUCUAUGGUGGUGCCGACAUCAACCUCCAACUCCGCCAGAUUGAACGGGGCUGUGAUCUGCUGAGCGCCACUCCCGGCCGUCUUGUCGAUCUGAUUGAACGUGGUCGCAUCUCGCUUGCCAAUAUCAAGUAUCUCGUCCUCGAUGAGGCCGAUCGCAUGCUUGAUAUGGGUUUCGAGCCUCAGAUCCGCCGCAUCGUCCAAGGCGAGGACAUGCCAGGUGUCCGCGAGCGACAAACGCUCAUGUUCUCAGCUACCUUCCCUCGCGACAUUCAGAUCCUUGCUCGGGACUUUUUGAAGGAGUACAUUUUCCUCUCCGUCGGCCGCGUGGGUUCCACCUCGGAGAAUAUCACCCAAAAGAUCGAAUAUGUCGAGGACCAAGACAAGCGGUCGGUUCUCUUGGACAUUCUCAACGCCGAGGAGCAGACUGGCCUCACCCUGAUCUUUGUGGAAACGAAGCGAAUGGCGGACAUGCUAUCCGACUUUUUGAUGGCUCAACACUACCCAGCCACUUCGAUUCAUGGCGACCGAACUCAACGUGAGCGUGAACACGCCCUUGCCACGUUCCGUUCGGGACGCACACCCAUUCUCGUCGCCACCGCUGUCGCUGCCCGUGGGUUGGAUAUUCCCAAUGUGACGCACGUCAUCAACUAUGAUCUGCCAUCGGACAUUGAUGACUAUGUCCAUCGUAUUGGUCGUACCGGUCGUGCCGGUAACACGGGUAUCUCGACGGCCUUCUUCAACCGAGGCAACAAGAAUAUUGUUCGUGAGCUCGUCGAACUUCUUCGCGAGGCCAACCAAACCAUCCCACCUUGGCUCGAUGCUGUCCUCAACGAGUCGACCUUUGGCAGUUCAGGAUACGGUCGUGGUCGGGGCGGACGAGGUGGUGGACGAGGCAUGGGCUCCCGUGGAGGAAACCGCGAUUAUCGCGUCUCUGGUGGUGGAGGUCGAGGCGGCCAUUCGAACGGUGGAGGAUACAAUAGCAACGGCUACGGUGGCGGUGGAUAUGGAGGAGGCUCGUCCUCUUCAAACGGCUGGUGGUAA